AUGCCUUUCUUGUAUCCACCACAAGCAACGCCAUUCCCAGUUUUAGUUAUUGCCAGUCAAUCUCAUGCUGACGAGGAGGAGGACGAGGAUGAAGAUUUCGAAGAUGAUUAUUUAUCACCGCCAUCAGCAGCUAUUUUCUCAAGUACUAUGCCAAUUCCAAUGAGAGCUGUAUCCCAUACAGUCCAUGAUGAUGAACAUCUACCUUUACCAAUGAUUAAUACUGACGAUGAUCCUCGAAUCUAUCGUUUACGUAUGCAUGUCGAUGGUUUUCAACCAAACGAAUUAAAUGUUUCUAUUCGACAUAGUCGGCUCAUCGUUCGAGGUAAACACGUUGUUUGUGUUCCACCUCAUUCAUCAAUUUCAUUAACCGAUUCGACCAUCGAUGGAAAUGACGAUAUCGAACCUGACUUUGUUGCAAAAGAGUUCAAACGUACAUUUACUGUGCCACCAAAUGCAGAUGUACGAAAAGCUCAUGCGCAGUUUUAUCCACAACAACAAUUACUUGUGAUUGAAAUUCCAUUUCAGAAUUGUACAAACGCAUCGGCACCACGAUCUCAACGAUCACGUAUUCGUCCGAUUGAUGUCUUUCUGAUGAUAGUAACUAUUUUAUUCAUGGAACGAGCAUUACGUAUAACGUAUGAACAAUUUAUGCUUAACGAGCCACACUUUUCAGUUGGAUCUAGUCAACUACCAAGCUGA